CGGCGGGCUCGUCUUGUACCACGAAAGCUCUUUUGGGCUGAAAAUUUCGCUGCAUUCUGUCUUGCAUUUCUGGGCUGGGGAAGCUUGCAUCGAAGAUUGUCGCAACCUCGUCUUGUUCUUUCUCGGAUCUGCGUCAUGACAGGAUCUGAAAGAAGUUCGCAUCUGGAGCUCUUGAGCUUAGUCCUAUAUUCUGGAGACGAAGGACGCCUUGGUGAGCUUACACUUGAAGAUUUGAGGAAGAAGAAAAUUGCCCUGGCAUCCGAAGUGGAGUCAGCUUUCCAAGAGAUGCAACGGUUGAAAAAGAUGAAGUUCUUCACGGAGGAACGAUUCACGAGUGUAAAAUCCGAGUGCACUGCAGUGAAAACUGCUUUGAAUAUUCAACAGGAGAAGGAAUGUCUUCUUCAUGCCCAAAUCAACCAAGCUACAUCCGAACUGGAGAAUAUGCAGGCCGAACAUGCAAGCAUGAGAAACAUCAUCAUUGAGACGUUGCAAAAGCUUCACCUUGAUUUAAGACGGCUACAUUCUGCUGAUGUCAAUGGAUGCAAGAAACGGAAGACGGAAAAUCAGUCGACUAUCGUUGGAGGUUGGUUGGUUGCCAUGGAAUAAAAAUAUUUAUUUCUCCGUCGGGUUUCUGAUAGCUAGAGUAGUCUUCAGCCUUCAGUCAAUAUUACAACCGCAACCGCGGGGAUUAUGAUCACUAUAUUUGCAUCCUUCCACUACUUUACCUUUGAAAUGGCAACACUUUCUAAAUGACGCAUGAAUCAGGAGAGGUUCCUGAAGCUACGCUACCUGAGGAUCUUGACGGGUUAUCAAAUCCCACCGAAGGUCUUCGCGAAUCUUUGCUGUUCGUCCAUGGCGAAAUUGAGAAAACCAGUGAG